AUGGUCGCCAUCGCCCCAGCAGCAGCAGCAGCAACAGCAAGCACGCUGGCAAUUCCAGUUUUCUACCAGCCGCUUAUCGACCAACAAGUCGUCGCCAACAUCUCCUGGGGGACUCCCGCCCAAUCACCCAUCCCUACUGUUGUCGACACAGGAAGCUAUGGCUUUUGGGUCAGUGGACCAAAUGCAACCGUCAACUCUGGCUCUCCCUACCUCGGUGUGCUUGGGCCGUGCAACCAAACGGUCCAGCCCGCAUUCAACUGGCCCGAAUCCAGCACACACAGCGGCCCAUAUCCCGAGGGCAGCACAACAUUCGCGUACGGUGGCGGCGGCAAGAUCAUCAGUUGCCCGUACACCGUCAAUGACACCAUGAACUUUGACGACUCCCCCUCCAUCGACAACGUCCAGGUUGCCAUCGCCGACUUCACCCUCAUCAAGGAUCGUAGCACGACCUGCGCCGGUGCCCACUACGACAAGAGCAUCCUAGGCCUGGCGCCCAUCCCGGCAAUCGCGGGCGGGCCCGAGCUGCGCCCUGAGCUUCUGCGCCAGGGCCGCAUCAGCAGCUCCGUCUUCUCCAUCUGGUUCGAUGCGCCGCCCGCCGACCUCAACGCGCCGCAGAUGGGGAGGCUGCUGCUCGGCGGCGUGCCCCAGGACAAGCACAUGGGCGAGCUGGUGACGGUGCACAACGCCGGCGUCGACCGCGAGGAAAAGGGAUACUACUACGUUGCCAUGCCCGAGGUGCGCGCCGCGCCCAUCAACGGCUCUGGUCCCGCGCAGGCCAUCCCCGUCGAGCAGCGCGACCAGCCCGCGCCCGACUGCCUCGUGGACUCGGGCACGUGGGGCCUCACGCUCCCGACGUCCAGCGACGCCUUCUUCGCCGCCACGGGCCUCGAGGAGGACAAGCCCUUCAUUUUGCCGCGGUACCCGACCGCCUGCGCCGACAUACCCGCGGACGCCGGCAUCGAGCUCAUCUUCCCCGACCGCGACGGCAAGAAAAAGGCAACUGUCAAGAUCCCCUACCGCAGCAUGGCCGAGACGACCGGCCAGGUUCCCAACACCUGCCGCUUGAACGUGCAGCUGUCGGACGUCCGCUGCACGUUUGGCGGCACCUUUUACGCAUCGGCGUUUAUCGCUCACAACGACGAUGAGGGGACGCUGCAGAUCGCCCAGGGUGCUGUCGCUGGUUCCAUUUAG